AUGUUACAGAAUCUUAAUCAUUAUGAAUUGAUUUUGUCACGAGCACAUUCAAAUUAUCUUGCACAAAUAUCUAUUGAAAUUACACAACUUAGUAACAAAACCAAUGAGAUUAUAAAUAAGUUAACAGUAUUUGCCACAGUACUUGUACCAAUGAAUGUUGUAACAGGAUUAUUUGGUAUGAAUGUUAAAGUACCUGGUCAAGAUGAGGAUGAUCUCAUAUGGUUUUUCUCAAUUGUUGGUGCACUUACAUUGUUUGGAUUGAUAAGUUACUUCAUAAUAAUGAGAAUACAAAAAUCAUUAACUUGA